AAAGACAGGAAAAGCAGAGCAUGUGGCCACCAGGGCCAUACGCAAUACCAAUGUCCAUAUAUGGCUGCCCAGAGUCACAAUCGCGAGGAUGGUUGAAAAGCUAUUUGAUUGCCAAUAUGACAAACUAUAAUUUUGAUAAUGCGGUUCUUGACAAAUUCUUUGGUGAAUACCGUAUCUCGCAAAUCAAUUCGGGAGAAGCAAUUAUGAUACUUCGUUUUUGUGUAAAGUUCCGAAAUGAGGCCAUGCUUGAUAAAGGACAAUGGAUUCCAGGAAAUUACAGCAUUUAUAAAAUCGGCGUAUCAUGUCCCUCAGACUUUCAAGAAUCUAGUAUACAACUGCCUACAUUUGAAUUUAUACCAGAUGGUGUUGUUCCAAAUAUAACAGUAUCUGAAGAAGGCCAUUCAGAAGAGUUUUUGACAUUAUCGUUGUGUAAAAGAACGACUUAUACGGAAACAGGAGAUUAUUAUGCAAACGUGUCAUUCAAAAUGUUGGAAACUGACUUCAUGCUUGAAAAGGCAAGAGCUUUCUCAUUUUAUUGUAUCCGAAAUAUUUAA